GCGGAAAUUUCACAUGGAACAUCUGAUCAGAAUCGAAACAACCACCACCAAAAAGUUGAAACGCAAAAUAAAUAAUUGAGGAUUUAACAUCCUCUCAGUGUUUGUUGGCUGAUUAGUCAAACUUCAAAGCAAGCUCUCUUCUUGUCUUUUUUAUUCAAGCCAUGGCUUAUGAUCUUAAAAAAGAAGAGGAAGUCAAGGAAUUCAUCACCAAACUUGGAAUUGAGUACAGAUUUGGGUGCUACUCGGAAAAGAAGGCCGAUGUGUGCCAUCUUUUGGGCGAUUACUUAGAGGCGGUCAAGAAGGACGAGUCGAAGGCACGCAAGGUCUACCAGACCAACUGCGAGGACCGCGACUUCGGCAGGAGUUGCCACAAAAGCGGCACCUACGCAUUCCGAGCGGCCGACCCCAACGGAGCCCUGACGUUUUUCGAGAAAGCCUGCGGCCUCGGCGUGGCCGAAUCGUGUCUGAACGCAGGCCUCAUUCACGUCAACAGCAAGGCCAAAGAGACCGUGAGGGAGAAGGGAUUGGAUCUGCUGAAAAAGGGCUGUGAUGGAAACAACCACCACAGCUGCUUUUACCUGAGCGGAAUUCAUCUGCACGAAAAGAACAUGCCCGAAGCUAGGCAGUUUUCCGAAAGGGCCUGCAGCUUGGGAAAUAUGUAUGCUUGUGCCAAUCUGAGUCAAAUGUACAGGAAAGGUGAUGGGGGCGAAAAGAGUGAAGAAAAAGCAGAUUUGUACAAAGCUCGAGCUCUAGAGUUGCAAGACGAAGUGAAAAAACAGCAAGGUGUUACUUUCCAGGAAGGAAUCAAACCUGUGUGAUUUUAUAGCUCUAUAUUAUGUUAAUAUGUAUAUAGAUAAUUACAUAGAGACUGUUUUUAGGUAAAAAAAAGAAUAAACAAUUCAGCUCUUUAAAUUGUUUCAAAAAUGUUAUUC